AUGGAUGGGGCAGCAAACAUGUCCGGAAAAUACAAUGGAUUUGCUGCAAAAUUCCAAGAAGUUUCUCUAAAGGCAACAUAUCACUACUGCAGUAACCACAAUUUGAAUCCAGUCCUCUGCAAGAGUUGUCAGGUGAGGGAAGUGCAUGUGUUGUUGGAUGCACUGAAGCAAUUUGGAAUUUUCUUCCAUUACUCUCCAAAGAGGAGCAGGCGUCUCGAAAAAGCUGUAACUACCGUGAAUGAAGGAAGACCAGCAAAAGAUGUCAUUACAAAAUCAAAAAUGAAAAUAUUUUGUGAAACUCGAUGGGUGGAGAAAAUAACACUUCGGGAUUUUGAAGAUCUAUAUGAAGCCCUCCUUAAUUGUUUAGAUGCGAUUGGGUUUUCUGAACGCGGAUGGGAUGGAAAAGCAGUAACAGAGGCCUAUGGGUUUAUGAGGCGCAUAACAGAGUGUACAUUCAUUGUAAGUUUUCAAACAGUGCUGCGUCUUUUUGGCUAUUUGAUGGGGCUCAGUAAAAAACUUCAGGGAACUGACAUUGACGUGAUACAAGCCUACGACAUGGUAGAACUUGUAAAGGAAACAGUAAAACUUGCAAGAACCAGUGAAGCUGAUUAUAAUAUCAGAAAAAAUGGCAAGAACAGCUGA